UAUAUAUAUAUAUAUAGUAGUCAUUUGGAAAUAAAGAAACAUAAAAUGAUUCGUUCAUAAAAAACAAUAACUUUCUUUUACUACACCGACACUCAAAAUUGUCUCAAUCCUUUCUUCCUAGAAACUAAUUAUUCUUGUUGUACACUUUGGUAGACAAUUUUUGGAACAUUUUGUGAUCAAAACGAGGGAAAGAAGAAUGGUGGAUUCUCAUGGUUCCGACACGGAAUGUUCCUCAACCAAGAAGAGAAAGGAGAAACCCAAAGAAAAAGGGGUAUAUCAUGGGGCUCGCAUGAGGAGCUGGGGGAAAUGGGUCUCGGAGAUUCGGGAGCCUAGUAAGAAAUCAAGAAUCUGGCUCGGGACUUUCCCCACGGCGGAGAUGGCAGCCCGUGCCCACGAUGUUGCGGCAUUGAGUAUCAAAGGAAGCUCCGCAAUCCUCAACUUUCCCGAGCUCGCGGAUUUUCUGCCACGACCUGUCUCGCUCAGCCAACAGGACAUCCAGGCUGCUGCUACCAAAGCCGCUAUGAUGGAUUUCGAAACAGUAUCAUUCCAUCUUCAGGAUGAAACAACGCCGUUGCAAACUAGGUGUGAUACUGAGAAGAUCGAAAAGAGGUCAUCCUCAUCCUCAUCCUCAUCCUCGUCCUCGUCAUCUAUGCUCUCGGAGGAGCUAGGAGAUAUUGUGGAGUUGCCGAGUCUUGAAAACAAUGUAAAAACCGAUUUCGCGCUUUAUGACUCGUUAGAGGGGCUGGUAUCGAUGCCCCCAUGGUUAGAUGUUACCGAAGAAGAUUUUACGUAUGGACAUGAUUCAGUAAUGUUAGACCCACGUCUCCAAGAAAGUUUUUUGUGGAAUUAUGAGUAAGGUUCUGUUUUUGGAAUGAAAUUUACCUUUUUUUGUUUGUUUUGUUUUUUUGGACAAACAUAGUAGCUUUUUGUUUUCUCAUCUCUUUUUCACUUCGUGUUUUAUAUAUAUAUAUCUUCUACAUAUGUAAUUUUUCCAUUAGUAAACAAUGAUUCCGUUUUGGGUACGUAGAGGAGUUGUGUAAAUAAAAAAAAGCUUGAUAUAUAGUUAUUUUUAAAUAUCUUGCAUUUGCAAUGAAAAAUAUAUAGUUAUGCUAGUGUACACCACCCUGUUUUGAAACGGCAUAAUGUAUAUUAUUAAUUAAAAGAAGUUCUUGACCAAAAAAUAAUAAUAAUUAAAACUAGACUUGGAUGAGGUUACGUUCUUGGUAAGCUCAUGGACUUGGAUGAAGAUUCGCUCUCACUUUUCAAGGGGAGAGAAUGUGAGCAAGGGUUUGGAGUCCUUCUCCGUUGACAGCUUGGUCUCGGACCUCCUGUGAAAGGCUUCUAAAGCUUAUUAUCUUCUGCAACUAGGCGAUCAUAAUUUACGCUUGCCCUUCUCUUUUUGCAGCUCUCAAAGGAAAAACAAUAAAAUUGUCAUCGCUUCAUCUAACUCCCGCAGAU